CUGUUAGUUGAAUUUUAUUGUGUGUUUCAAGGUUACAAGUAGAAACAAAUCUCAAAGAGACCAACAAUGGAGGCGGCACUGGAUGAAAUAAUUGCCGGUCUGCUGUGCACAGAUACCCAACGCAUACACGACUGCACCGCCGCUUUGAGUAAGGCGUUCGAAAACCCAGAGGCACUGCCGGUGCUCUGCCAGAUGCUGGUAUCGACCCGCGAGACGCAAAUCCGCCAGUUUGCAGUUGUCCUGAUGAACAAGCGCCUUGCAAAGCUGCGCCACUGGCAGAUGGUGCCGCCCGAACAUCAGGCAGGCAUUAAGGCUUGCAUGCUCCAGGCAUUGAUAAGGGAGAAGGAAAAGAGCGUAAAGAAUGCCAUAGCCAUGCUUAUUGGGACUUUAGUGCGUCAUGAGGCAGACAAAAAGGACUCGUGGUUGGCCGAAUUGCUGAGCUUUAUUUUCGAACGCUGCAGCAUGGACGAUCCCAAAGAGAGUGAGCUGGGAUCAUCCAUAUUCGCCAGUCUGACCGACAGCGCCCCAGAUCAAUUGAUCAGCCAAAUGUCUGAGAUUUGUCAACUCUUCUCGAGUGUGCUGAUAGCCGGCCAGAGCAAUGGAGAUAUGGCCACGCUCACUAUAGCCUAUAUGAUGCAGGGAAUGUGUUCCUUGAUUCCAUUCAUUGUCGGCCACACAAAGGCAGAGCAGACGGUUUCCAAAGUCAUCCCGCUGAUGCUCGCUGCUCUCCAGGCCUUUGUCCAAAAGGGAGUCCUGACAGAAUUCACUAUCGCCUUUGAGAUCCUGGAUUCCGUUGCAGAGUACGCGCCGAAACUGCUGAAUAAUUACAUAAAGAUGUUGGUUGAUUUCUGUGUGGCGACGCUGAGUAACAAGCAGGUAGAUGAUCAAAUCCGUGUUGUGGUGGUGACCUUUGUCGGUCGCAUCCUCCGCGUCAAGAAGAAGGCAAUCGUCAAGCAGAAACUCCUGGACCUCAUCCUAGUCACCGUAUUCGAGAUGACGUGUAGUGAACUCGGCAACGAUGAUGAGGACGACUAUUUCUCGGGUACUAGCAACACGCCCAUGACCGCGGCUACACAAACCCUCGAUAUGAUGGCUCUCCAGUUGUCGCCAGAAAAGCUGAUUCCACCACUUCUGCAGAUUCUCGAGCCAGCUCUCCAGAGUCCGGACCCUCUGCGCCGUCGCGCCGCCUUCAUGGCCAUGGCCGUCAUCUCCGAGGGUUGCUCGGAAGCCAUCAAAAAGAAAUACUUGGAAAUAAUGCUAAACAUAAUCAAGAGCGGCAUCAUCGAUCAGGAUCAAGCCGUGCGCAAUUCGGCCUUCUUUGCAUUGGGCCAGUUCUCCGAGUUUAUGCAGCCCGAGAUAGCGAAGUUCGCCCCACAGAUUCUGCCCGUGCUCUUUGAGUUUCUCCACCAACUGGUUGUGGAGCUGAAGAUGGGCCAGCCGGAACCCACACACAUGGAUCGCAUGUUCUAUGCCCUGGAGGUUUUCUGCGAGAACCUCGAGGAAGAGAUUGUGCCACAUCUGCCGGUGCUGAUGGAUCGUCUGUUGGAGUGCAUGGAUCAGCAGAACUCUAUUCAUAUUCGACAGCUGGCCCUGUCAACCAUCUCGUCGGUUGCCACCGCAUCGAAGACGAAUUUGGUCCCAUACUUCAGUCAGAUUGUGGAGAUACUGAAGAUUUAUCUGGUGAAUGAGUGCGACGAGUCGCUCAAUGAGCUACGCAUUCAGGCCAUCGAUACACUGGCUUCUAUUACCCGAACCGUUGGUAAAGAGAACUUUAUUCAUCUCGCCCAAGACACGAUGAAUUAUUGCAUGAAUAUGCUGGAGCUGGGACCAGACGAUCCAGACCUAAGGCGUGCCAUCUACGCCUUAAUUGGUGGCAUGUCCGUUGUUGUCACAAACGAUAUGAACACGUUCUUCCCUAAGGUUAUCGAACGCAUGAUUCAGACGGUGGUGUCGACGGAAGAUGCUUUGAUAAAGCUACGAGAAGACUCGCCGACGGGCGGGCUCUUAACUGAAAUCGAUCUGGGCAAUACCGACGAUGAGGACGAUGAUGACGAUAUAGGGGAAUAUCAGGCGGAGAAUGACUACGUCUAUGAGAAGGAGGAGGCCAUACUGACGCUCAAGGAGUUCGCAGUAAAUUCGAGAGACGCCUUUUUCCCCUACCUCACCAUGGUGUUCGAGGAGGUGUACAAAACAAUAGAUCAUUGCCAGGAUGUCAUCCGCAAGGCAGCCAUCGAGGCCCUAUGCGCGUUUGUAAUUUGCCUCCACAAGAUGAACGACGGAGACGGAGUAAAGCGCGCAUGCUCGAUUCUCAUUCCAAAGUUUAUUUACCUUGUUAAGAACGACGAGGAACAGGCCGUCGUCUGUCAAAUACUCGAUGAGCUUGGCGAGCUCUUCAAGGCCGUGAAGACGCCGGCCUUGCCCACCCCUGAUCUUGCUGAGACGGUUGUUGCCUGCAUCAAAGAUGUGCUGCUCAGAAAUACGGCCUGCCAGUUCAAUGAGCCUAGUGGCGGUGGAGAUGAGGAGGAGGCCGAUGAAAGCGAGUACGAUGAGGCGCUCAUCCAAAGUGGUGGCAAUCUGGUGGCCAUGAUUGGCCACGCCCUCCAACCUGACACAUACUCGCUGUAUUUUGGACGACUGUACAAUUUCUUCAUUUCCAAACUGGCAAAGGCCAAGAAGAACGAUGAUCCAGACCAGCGUUCAUUUAUCUAUGGCGUCCUGGCCGAAUGCUUCCAAUCGUUGGGACUCUGUGUGGUCACCUAUUACGAUUCGGUCUGUCCCUUGCUUCUAGUGGGCACCACCGACUCGUACGCCAAGGCGCGCCAAAACAGCUACUUCGGCCUGGGCGAACUGGUCUAUCACGCCAAACAGAAGUCCUUUGACUCGUUUGGAGUGAUUUUGCAAACCCUCUCCGAUGCGAUUGCCAAGGAGCAGAAUGCCCCUGCCCUGGACAAUAUAUGCGGGGCUGUGGCACGCCUGAUCAUAACCAAUCACAAUAUGGUGCCCCUGGGUCAUGUGUUGCCCGUAUUCAUGUCUAAUCUGCCCCUCCGCGAGGACACUGAAGAAAAUGACGUGGUGCUGAAGGCCUUCCGCGUGUUGUACAUGAAUACACGUGAGAGUAUUCUCCCUCACAUCGAGCAGAUGCUGGGCAUCAUCUUGCAUGUGCUGUUCAAGCAGGAGUUUCGCGAUAAUGACACCAACGCCAAUGCAGUUAGUUUCAUGAAGGAAAUCCGUAUCGAGUAUCCACAGCAAUUCAACAGAGUGGCCAACUCGAGUCCGGAGGUGUUCACAUUCGUGCAGACCCUGUAAGCAGCACCAGCGCGGCUCUAAUAUCAGACCUCGCAACAAAUACCUUGCUCAUACACAUACACAUUCAAGAGAGUUCCAGGCCAAAGUUUCUUCAGUUUCGGAGUAAAAACAAAUCUCAUAACCUUGAUGUAAUCGAAGUUCAGUCAAAAUUUUUCAAAAAUUCUCACGUUUGUCCACACACAGUACACAGUACACGCAGUGAUGUCAGUCAGUCCCAAAAUAUUGGGCACGUUCAUAGAUACACAUAAAAACUCUCGAAGAAAUCCAUCUCGGAGAUAGUACAUGGAGAUACACGAUAGAUACGAGCUAAUGGAAUGUUAACGAAAUGUUUUUUAAUUUAUAAUUGCAAAGCGAUAUGGAAUAGUCUGAAAUAAAAUAAACGAAUCAAUAAAAACUAAA